UUUUUUCCAUAACAUGUAGCACUUAGGGUCUUUGUCCAAUAUGACCCGUGUCCAAGUUGACCCCGUUCUCCCCUACAGGUAACGAAAAAAAGGAAAUUGACUUCUGAGUCAACAUACAUAUUCAAACAUUGUAUAUCACCAUCAAUGUUUUCCGAUAACAGUAGUGAUGAUGAAGUACUGUCUGAUGUAGUCGAAGCAAUGACCAUUGGGUCUCAAUACUUUUAAAAAUGGAAAAAGGGGAAGUCAUCACAGGACAGUUAUCAACAACCAUCGACUUCUUUAUUUGGUUACAAUACUGAACAACAGUCUGGUAAAAACCCAUUUUAAUUUUUCUGUUAGAACACUGGUAGUAUUACUACGUUUUGUGAUAACGUUACUACAGUUUUAAAACAUAAUAAUAAUGAAAAAAGAUCAAAAUGUCCUUCAAAGCUGUCACUGAAGCACAAACUAUAGAAAUACUGCACCACAAUUUUCGUCAUCUGAGUGCUAUGAGGAUACACAGUCAGACGAAUUGAAUUCCAAAAGCACUCUGAAUAAGGGGAAAAAAAGGAAAGAUCAAUCUGUCGCUAAACGUAAACAGUCUUCAUCAGUUCAUCUUCGGCCAUCUGAGAGACUUGAUUUUGGAAAAUGGAAAUUGCCGAACAAUUUUGGAGUCGUACUUAACAAGAUAUUGACGAAUAGAGGAAGUCUGAACGAGGCAAAUUUGUCUAUGGUAUAUCGACGCGUUGUCGACUCAAUUGAAGAAUUUUCGCUAUGCUCCUGUGGGAAUUUCUUAAGGAUGGUGGUUCAGCAAAUGUUUGCAACAAACCCUUCAAUACAGAUCAAUCCUAAAGACCCAGUAUCAUCUUCGCAAGCUUUAGUCGCAAAGCUUCAGAGAAUUUUAUCGAGACGAAGACAAGCUGCAGGCGAAACCCUUAGUACCAAUGGAGGAAGACCAUUCCUAAAAAGGAAUAUUUCCUAUUUGGAUCCAGGUGUACAUUCUGAAAGUACAGAUAAUGCAGAUGACAACCUCGACAUGGAAUCUUACAAAACUAAUUAUGAAAAGUUAAUUCAACUGUACAAAAGCAGUGGAAGUACAGUUGCGAUUAAGUCACUUUGCCAGCUUACUUUCAAAGGUCGCCGUUAUGAGAUCAGCAAAGGUUAUAUAACAUCUCCAGAAGACAUCUUGAAGACUAGGUGUCCAUUAUUGAACCAACAACAUUAUGUAGGGAAGAGUGGGGCCAAUUUAAACGUGGGGCAAUUGAAACAAAAAAUCUAGCUCUCGAUGUAUGAGAGGGAGAGAUUUGAAAAAAUUUGUGGUAAUAGCAAUAGAGGGUGUUGAUUUUUAUAAAAAAUUUUAACUUAGUAGCUCUCAUAGUUUUUUAGUUAUCUCAAUAAAAUUAAAUUUUGACUUGCGCUUGAUUAUUUUUAUCGUUUUAUUUUUCAAAUUUUACCCCCUAAAAGUAAAAAACAAUUAUUUUAAAUAGUAUACUAAAUUAAUCUGCGCUCAUUUCUCUACAAGUUCGUUGCAUUUGUUUUUAAAUAAUUGCUUAUUAAAUUACAUAAAAUAAUUGAUUCAGCGAAGACCCAUGCGAGGGGAAAUUGAAACCCCCCUGUUUUUAGCACCCUUUCCGUUUAUGCGCGCAAAAUCGGAACUCCUUUUCUUAAAACCAGCAACAUUGUUCGGGUAGCUCGCUUAUGGGGAAACCCAUGUUGCUAUUUCCCCGACGACGUGUAUCAAUUGCCCCGACGUUUUUUCGUUUUUUUUUUCUUGAGGUGUCUCUAGUUUUUUACAGUUAACAGCAAGUAAUAUCGGUGUAACUCCACCAAAAAAAAAAAUAUUGUUGUGUAGCUAAGAUAGUUUGCUAUAUUACAUAUAUAUUAUAACCGUAUAAUAUACAUAUAUAUAUAUAUUACAACCAGGUUUACUUAUAUGACAUGGUUUAAUUGGUGUUGUUUCAUUUAAACAUGACUAUGUCUUCUAGUAGAAGAAAGUGCUCGUGAAGAAAAUGAGGCUGAAGACAUUUUUAAUCAAGUAUGGCCAGUUGCAGAAACGAAAAGCCAUGAAUACGUUUAUCUCAAUACGACCACAGACCAAGAAUGUAAAGACUGCGAUCACCUAUAGGGGAGGGUGGGGCUAGUUGGUAAAAUUUUUUUUAUUUCUUCUCUGGUUUCUUUAAUUUUUCAU